GAAUAAAGAAGGAAACAGCAUGGACGGAGGAAGAAUUACGGUCCGAGUAACCAAACAAGACUGCCAGUUGCAGGAGCGAGCUCUUAUCCACAGAAUAACAUCCCGCUCUCCCUCUUCAUUCUCUGUCUGUCUUUCUCGAAUUCUUCUUCUUACUCUGUUAAUUGAAUGGCUUCUCCGUUUUCUUCAACUGCGCCGCUUCCUUCCACCUUCCAUUCAAACCCAAGCUCUCCCAAGGCCCUCUUCUCUGUUACAGGUUCUUUUUGUAGAGCGUCUCACCAUGCUAAGAAUAGUUCUAUUGUGCGUUGCUGGAGCUCUGCUUCUAAUUACACUGGUGGCGUUAAGCUUUUCACCAAGCCCAUUGUUGUGAAACAGUUGUUGCAGAAGAGAAGAGGAGUGGUGAGAUGUGCAACCCUUGAAGAAAUUGAAGCUCUAAAGUCAUCCGUUGAGAAAGAUGUUAAAGCAAGGAUGGACAGGACUAUUGACACAGUUCGGACCAAUUUUAAUUCUGUAAGGACAGGAAGAGCAAACCCAGCAAUGCUAGAUAAGAUUGAGGUGGAGUAUUAUGGAACUCCAGUCAGCUUGAAAAGCAUAGCUCAAAUCAGUACUCCUGAUGCAAGUUCUCUUUUGGUCCAGCCGUAUGACAAAUCCAGCUUAAAGGUCAUAGAGAAGGCCAUUGUCAACUCUGAUCUUGGUUUGACUCCGAGUAAUGAUGGAGAAGUGAUACGUUUAUCCAUUCCUCAAUUGACAUCAGAUAGAAGGAAGGAGUUAUCAAAAAUGGUAGCAAAACUGGCUGAAGAAGGAAAGGUGGCAUUGAGGAAUAUCAGAAGAGAUGCAUUGAAAGCCUGUGAGAAACUUGAGAAGGAAAAAAAGCUUUCAGAGGAUAAUGUGAAGGACUUGUCCAGUGACUUUCAGAAGCUGACAGAUGAGUAUAUGAAAAAGAUUGAUACCAUCUACAAGCAAAAGGAAAAGGAAUUGCUUAAGGUUUGAAAAUUUUCAGUGCACGGGUGUAAAUUGAUGAAGUUUAUUUUGGGCUGAACUUGUGAUGCUCAUUGGUGGAUUGUUUUUUAAAUGAGACUUGAAAAAGUAGUCUUUAUGAGCAUUUUGCAAAUCAUCUGUACAGCAAUUUCGAAAUUUUCCUUAUUAUAUACAGUGUCUCAAUAGGAGUUGCUCAAAGUAGCGUCUACCAGAAAAUACAGUGAUAUAGACAUUCUAAUGAUGAGAAAUAUUAGCUUCAUUGGUUCAUCUGA